AUGUCGACACAACAGGAAGAGCUGAUGAAGAAAUUAGAAGCGUUCAUGUUCCAACAAACACAAAGCAACAAUGAUUUGAAGACAAACACCAAUGAUUUAAAGGCGGCUAUGACAGCCUUGCAGACCAAGCAAGCAGCAAUGGAAGAGGGAUUGCAAAACCUAACCCAUAACAAAUAUAACAAACAAGAAGAAGAUAAUGAAAGCGUGGACAAGAUGUUCGAGUCAGAGAAAUUCGAUGACCCAUCGGAACAGGUGCGUGGCAGGGGACGUGGUGCCACCUUUGGUGCCAAUCCAAACAGUAAAUUUUCAUACCUAGGAGGCUGGGCUGGAAGAGGUAGGGGUUUGACCCAAGAAGGAGCAAGAAGAGGAUCAAGCAAGGUUUUUGAUUCAUGGCGGACAAGCGAAUCCCAACCUUUCAAACACAAUUGGGACUCCCUCAAACUGGAAGGGUCAAACAGAAGGGAUCAUGGGGCAUUAAAAGACUGGGAAGAGACAGAAGAUACGAAAUAUCAUGGGGGAAGGGUACCGAGAUUCGCUAAGAUGGAGUUUCCCACAUACGAUGGGAGGGGUAAUCCAAUCGAAUGGCUGCAAAGAUGUGAAGACUUCUUUGAAGAACAACAAACCCCGACUGAAGCUUGGGUUAGGCAUGCCACCUUUUCACUACAAGGACGAGCUAUUGGGUGGUACCAUAACCUACGAAGAAUGAAGAACCGCUUGAAUUGGUUUGAGUUCUCAGAAGAGUGCAAAAUCAAAUUUGGACCUCCGAUGAGCAUAAACCCAUUAGGCGAGUUAACCCGACUAAGGCAAACAGGUACAAUGGAAGACUAUUGUGAAGGCUUUGAGUCGUUGCUGGGGCGAACGACGAGGGUGACUCAGGAGCAAAGUGUUUGGCAUUUUUGCACAUGCUUGACUAAUGUUAUCCAGUACGAAGUAGAGUUUGCUAGACCCCCCAUAUUAUACUAUGACAUGAAUUUAGCUAGAGAGAUUGAGUACAAACUAGAAGAGGAGGGACAACCAAGGAGUUUUGGAGCACCUCUGUCAUAUAAAAACAAAAACCGGGAAUCGAAUAACACUGGGGGAACCCAUACUACGAAAUCUGAAGUUAAGAAUCUGUCUUUUAAAUGA